AGGGAGCACGGGUGCGGACACCAGAGCCGAGCGCCUGUCGCCAUGCCUCAGAAAAUUGAGGAAAUCAAGGACUUUCUGCUCACAGCCCGGCGGAAGGAUGCCAAAUCUGUAAAGAUCAAGAAGAACAAGGAUAAUGUGAAAUUCAAGGUUCGCUGCAGCAGGUACCUGUACACCCUGGUCAUCACAGACAAGGAGAAGGCGGAGAAGCUAAAGUAGUCCCUGCCCCCGGGUUUGGCAGUGAAGGAGCUGAAAUGAACCAGAGCUCUGCAUGUGACUAUUAAAAACCCAGAAAAGUCAAAAAAA